GCAUUUCAACAAGACACGUGAACUGUGCGACGUGAUUCGCGCCUGUUGUAGUAUACCUGUGUCCACGGUUUUUAGGACUUUCUUGUGUUUACUAGUUAUUUCAGUCACAUACUCCUUAGUCGUUAGUCAUUAUUAUUGCUACUUUUCACCAUUAGUUACUCGUAAUUAUUAUCUACUAAUAAUUAGCCGUUUCGUGCCUUCCAUUUGAUCUAUAAGAUUUAUCCAACUGUCGGCUGCUGAUCUAUAAUUAAUUUUUGUAACACUCUAAAGUCUACCACGCAAUUAUCAAUCAUGAAACUGUUUACUCAUAAUAUGCUGUCGUCCAAAAGCCUGGAAGGAGUCAAAGUAGGAUAUCCGCUUCGCAUUGUCGCAAAAGACAUACAGAUAUCCCAAUCUGAAUUCAACAAGGAAUUUGUGAAGAAUAUAAUAGCAAAACUCAAUUGGAAAGUUUUUGUAAAUGCCGCUAUACAAAUUGGCUAUGGCAAAGACCUAUCUGAAGAGUUAAUCAAAAACUAUGAAAACGACGAAGAGUAUCUCAAAAAAGUACAUCAUUUGCUCAUGGAAGUUGAAAUUAUAGACGGUGAACUUAUAUGUCCAGAAACACAUAGAGUGUUCCCAAUAUCAGAUGGCGUACCUAACUUAUUGUAAAAUGAAAAUUAAGUACCUAUAAUAAUCAAUAAAUUUAAUUAUAUUAAA